GGAAGAAAAAAGAGAGAGAAGAAAAACUAAGAGAGAAGAGGAAGAUGAUUCCCAAGCUGAAGUUGAGAUAUGGAACUAUGUAUUUGGGUUCGCCGACAUGGCGGUACUGAAAUGCGUGAUCGAGCUUGGCAUACCCGAUGUCAUGGAGGCAGCCGGGCAGCCCAUGACACUAGCCGAGAUAGCAGCUGCGACUACCUGCAUACCUUCCAUCCUAUUCCGCAUAAUGCGAUAUCUAGUGCAACGACGUGUCUUUGGAGAGCAAUGCACUGACGAAGGCCCAACACGCUACGAUCUCACCCCCAUCUCACGUCGGUUAGUGACGCAUGCAGAAGGUAGCAUGGCUGCUUUUGUGCUAUUUGAGAGUAGUCCUGUGAUGCUCGCCUCGUGGGAUGCGUUGAGUGCAUAUGCCCGUGGCGGCAGUUCGCCACCUUUCAUUGCAGCGCAUGGGGAGGAUGUAUGGGAGUACGCUGCCAAACAUCCACCAUAUUCCAAGCUCCUCGAGGAUGCUAUGGCUUGCGACGCACGGAAUGUGGCGCCUGCCAUUUUAGAUGGGUGUGUGGGGAUGUUCGACGGGUUGGUGACUGUGGUGGAUGUGGGAGGAGGGAAUGGAACUCUGUUGGGCAUGUUAGUACAGGCCUGCCCUUGGAUCAAAGGCAUCAAUUUCGAUCUUCCUCGUGUUGUAGAAGGAGCACCUGAAUGCAAAGGUAUCCAGCAUGUUGGUGGAGACAUGUUCACUGCCAUACCUCAGGCAGAUGCUGUUUUACUCAAGUUUGUCCUGCAUGACUGGGGCGAUGAGGAGUGCGUUCAGAUCUUGAGAAAAUGCAAGGAGGCCAUUCCUACAGACAAAGGUAAGAUCAUCAUCAUAGAUACUGUGAUCAACGAAGAAGAUAGAGAGCGUGGCUUCAAUGAUGUGAAAUUGAUGUUGGAUAUGGCGAUGAUGGCCCACACCAAUAACGGAAAGGAGCGCACCCAAGGAGAAUGGAAAGCCAUCUUUGAUGAAGCAGGCUUCAGUCGGUAUACCGUAAAGCCAAUUCAUGCUGUGCAAUCCAUCAUUGAAGUUUACCCUUAGAUUACAUCCCAACGUAUUGCACUAAGAUAUGUUUUGAUUGUAGCCGUUGGAUUAGUGUUUUCCCAAACUGUUUAUUUGAUAGGGUUAAUCUUAGAAUAUUUCAACCCUUUGAAUGUAGAAAGGCUACAAACCACCAUCCAUGUUGAAAGCAAAAUAAGCUAAAUUAUCAAAAUUAAUAAAGGGUUGUAAUAUAUAAUAAAC